AUGGGUUAUACGAAAAGCCUCGCAUGUAGGUCCUCGGGACAAGGGACUUCCAGUAGGCGCCAACUGCAGCGAGAUAACUCCAGGAUUGGCCUGCGAUUACGCCCGGAGAGACACGGAGUCCCACCGAUUUCGCUUGCUCGCACCGUGCACCGGCAUAGAAGACCUUCCUGCCAUCCUCAUCCGCAACCCAUAAAGCUCGCUGCUGCAGGCUCUAUGGACAAUUCGAGUCCUCUUGCUUCCUCCUCAAAUUCAACCCAUGCGUUAUUUUCGUCACCACCAACUCCAACUCCCGAGUCCUUCGUAUUCACGUCUUCGCUAUAUAUCCCGUCGAAUCUUUCACCUCACGAACCUCCAUCUCCAACACGUCCCGAGCUCAGCCACAGGCUACGAACGAGACACGCAGAAGGAGCCGUCGAUGUGAAGAGCACGAUACCCUUCUCUAUAGGCCCAAAUGGUUUCGUACGGCUCAUGCCUUCUCCUUACUCUCCACGAUCGUCACCCUCCGACUCGCCACUAAACGUACCACGCACGAUCGAUGGCACCGGAAGCCAUCUUGAGGAUACCAGCCCUGCCUUAUCCCUCCAAGGUCCCACCGACUAUUUCUCGCUACGGCGUCCGGCCAGUUAUCGCUCUACGCAGCCAAUCAUCCCGUCGCCUGUUUCGCCGACCCCAUCAUUUUACCCAUCCCCAUCCUCAGCUCUGCGUGCUGGGAUCACUAGCAACGAGACGCUUCGCUGGCUCAGAUCCACCACGAACUCCGACCCGAUAUCCGACUCCGCAUUUACGUCGUCGUCUAAUCUCGUACUCGGAACCGCUACUUCGUCUUCCAAUGCCACCUCUACCCCGAUCAUUGGUCAUCCCCUCGACAGAGCCUCGAUGGCGCUCCCGGCGCUCAACCAUCCGUUAUUUCCACCCGAGUUCGAUCUGAGUAUCGUCGAGUUGAUGACUCUGACGAGAAGGUACAGGAGGCGCGCGUUCACGAGUCGGAACCGUAGGGUAGACGAGACAGAGACGUCUUUGGAUAGUUUGAGCUCGUCGCUUGAGUCUCAGGAAACCGGGGAGAGCGAUGAGCUUAUGGAGUUACCUGCUGGGCAAGAGUUUGGUGAUCACGCCUUGGUUGCCGAGACUGAUGAAAUGGAGAGCGAUGUUAUGAGCAAACGCAGUUUUCAACUCCACGACGAACGAAUGCAGAAACAGGUCAUGACUGAGGAUUGUUAAACAUGACAUACUACUCUAACACUCAGACUCAGACUAUUAGCUUUCCCGCAGUCGUACCAUCAAGCUGUAUGAUCUCCCUUUACUCUCGCUACAUGAAGGCCGAGCAUAUAUCUGUGAACUUGGCACGCUUUAUCUUCGCUUUGCUUUCAUUUUUUCUAUCCCAUUCCGCGCAGCUCGUUCAACUGGACUUAGAGUGAUGCCUUGACGAUGCCUAUUAGAUUAUGUAGGAAGUUGUUGAUAGUAGUACUACUAUGAUAC